AUGGCAACCAUCAAGGCCAUCGAGGCCCGCUCAGUGCACCAAAUCCAGUCGGGCCAAGUCAUUACUGACCUUUGCUCCGUCGCCAAAGAACUAGUCGAGAACAGCCUCGAUGCAAAGGCGACAACCAUUGAAAUCCGCUUCAAGGAUAAUGGCUUGGACUUGAUAGAAGUUCAGGAUAAUGGGAGUGGAAUCUCGCCGGAGAACUACGAGAACGUUGCUCUUAAACACUACACCUCCAAAUUAUCCUCUUACACCGACCUUGGCUGGCUCAACACUUACGGAUUCCGCGGUGAAGCACUCUCCUCGCUCUGCGCUCUCUCUGACUUCCAUGUCGUAACCGCCGAAGCGCACCAAGUCCCAAUCGCCACGAAACUAGAAUUCGAAGUAUCUGGAAAGCUCGCCAAGAAGCAAGUGGUUGCAGGACGGAAGGGUACUACCGUCUCCGUGGGCACGAUCUUUAAGCGUCUACCUGUUCGUCGACGAGAACUCGAGAAGAAUAUCAAGAGGGAAUACGGCAAGGUUAUCAAUCUCCUACAUGCCUAUGCCUGUAUCAGCGCUGGCGUAAGUUUCAGUGUCCGGAACACGGUCGGCAAGACAAAGAACGUCUCGGUGUUUUCAACGAACGGGAAUCGUACGAUCAAGGAGAAUAUUGCCAAUGUCUAUGGUGCAAAGACGCUGUUCGCUUUAAUGCCUCUCGAAUUGGACCUCGAAUUUGAACCUUCAAAUGCGAUGAGACGGGCCAAUGGUGACAAUGCACAAUCUAAUCGGAUUCAAGUUCGUGGACACAUCUCUCGACCCGUCCUUGGAGAGGGUCGACAGACGCCUGAUCGACAGAUGUUCUUUGUAAACUCGAGGCCUUGCACCUUACCACAAAUUGCGAAGGCCUUCAACGAGGUGUACAAGUCCUUUAACGUCUCACAGUCACCGUUUGUUUUCGCGGAUCUGCAGAUGGACACGUCUGCUUAUGAUGUGAACGUGUCGCCAGAUAAACGAACCAUCCUGUUGCACGAUGCAGCGGCGCUAGUUGACUCGCUGAAAGCUUCUCUUACGGAGAUGUUUGAACUGGCCGAUCAGACGGUGCCCCAUGCUCAACUCGGAUCAAAAUCUUCCGCACGUAAACAGCAGUCGCUGGGGUCAUUACCAGGAUUUGUGACGGCUAGGCAAGUCGCUCGGGGAGUCUCUGAAUCUCCCACAACUACGAGUCAAGAAAAGGAAAGUACUCAACCUGAUGGUGACGAGCCAGAGACACAAAAGCGGACGACACAGAGUGGUAUCGGGCGGUUUAUGAAUUUGCAAGAUGAUUCGAGUCAGCCAGACUUUCCAUCCUCGCCUAUCAGAUCUGACAAGGAGAUUCGAAGAGAUAGGAUAACUACAGUGAUAGAUCCGCCAAGGAUAGACGAUGGGACUUCCAGCGUGCAAUCCCAGGGCCAAGAAGAAGGCGUCGCGCCAGAAGAACAAAAUGAAGACCCUGCAAAUCCACCCCCGGAACUUUCAUCCCAGCCAUCUGAAGCGGAGCAAAUGCCAAGUUCUAAUACGCAAGAAUCCGAAGAGACGCCAAAUAUGGUUCAAAAUGCGUUUGACCGUAUGCGCCCUCGUCGAAUGCCGGCUGAAAUGGCCACUAUCACUAUCGCUGGUCGUACUGUGACAUCGAUGGUGGGUAGUGGUUUACCGCGGAAACGGACGUCAAGCUCUGGCACGUCUACGAAUGAGCCUUCGAAGCGCAAAAGACUAAUUCAUACGCCGUCAAGGCCAAAUAUCUUCGGAAAGCAUAUGCGGGCUUUCGCAGCACCGGGAACACAGACGGAAGAAGAAGAUGACGAGGCUGACGACUUCGUUGGCAUUGAGACGGAGCAGGUGGAAGAAAACCAAUCCGAAGUGGAUGAUGAAGAAAUUGAAGAAGUGGAAAUGGAAACAGAGCAAGAAGUAGAGGAUCAAGAAGAGAAUGCAUCUUCCCCAGCACCUGAAGAUGACGAAUGUGUCCCAGAAAAGGACAUGUAUGACAACCAAGAAGCGACUAGCAAAGAGCUCACUGUUGAGACGAGUCAAAGUGAUCUUGAUGAAGCGGAGAAAAAGGCCCAAGAAGACGCCAAAGUUCAGCGUCUGAUUCACCAAGCCGAGGAAACCGCAGUCCUCCCAGAGCAGCAUAGUGUCAGCCGCGCAAACAAAAUGAAUAAAGGCGCUACACAUCGUGAUGCUACUUUCAAUCUCAUCAGCACUAUCGACACGUCAGUUUCCAAACUGCGUUCUCAAAUGGACAAGCUACGGGAAUGUCUCCAACCUCGAGAUAUCCCAUCCCAAGCUGAUGACCCUGAUGUCGACGAGAAAACCGCAGAAGAACGUCUCUCGCUUACCGUCAGCAAGGCCGAUUUCGCCCAAAUGCGCAUCAUCGGCCAAUUCAAUCUCGGGUUCAUCCUUGCUGUACGACCAGGCGAUGACCACGAUGAACUCUUCAUCAUUGAUCAACACGCCUCUGAUGAGAAAUUCAAUUUCGAGCGCCUACAGGCUGAAACUGUUGUUCAGAAUCAACGACUCGUAUGUCCCCAGCGUCUAGAUCUAACAGCCGUUGAAGAAGAGAUUGUCUUGGAGAAUCGACCGGCCCUCGAGAAAAACGGAUUCAUCGUCACAGUCGACGAAAGCGGUGAUGAGCCAAUCGGUCGUCGAUGCCAACUUGUUUCCCUUCCCCUGAGCAAGGAAGUUGUUUUUGACUCCAAGGAUUUGGAAGAACUUCUCGUUCUUUUAUCCGAGGCGCCGGUGAAUCAUGAAAUCUUCGUGCCGAGGCCAAGUAAAGUGCGGAAAAUGUUCGCCAUACGUGCCUGUCGCUCUAGUAUCAUGAUCGGAAAGACUUUGACUUUACGACAAAUGCAGCGAGUCGUGCGUAAUAUGGGCACGAUUGAUAAGCCAUGGAAUUGUCCGCAUGGUCGACCGACCAUGAGACAUCUCAUGGGUUUGGAUCAUUAUGAAGAAUGGGAUGAAUAUGGGCCAGAGGACCCAGAGGACCCAGAGGAGAUGUAA